CUACAUGACUUGGAGCGUCCGCGAAUAGAAGGCUUGUUGCUAGGUUACCGUACACGAAUUCUUUUGACAGGUCGGUCGAGAUCGAGCAGUUUGACGAUUGCAGUUUAAAUAUAAUUUGUUUUAAGUGAUUUGGACGGUGAAUUUGGUCACAGUAUGCCCUUCUUGAAGAGACCCCAGACUACAGAACCACUUGUAAAACUUUGGGACAAAAAGGCCCAAAAAUGUGGCCCUCAUCACACUGUGUAUUCUGUCAAUGGAGAUCAAUACACAGGCGAGUGGAUGGAUAAUAAGAAACAUGGAAAAGGAGCACAGGUUUGGAAGAAAACAGGAAUGAUCUAUGAUGGGGACUGGAGGUGUGGAAAGAGAGAAGGCUAUGGGACCCUGAGCAAGACUGACCCUGAAACAAAAGAGUAUGUGAGAGUUUAUGUUGGUUCUUGGCGAAAUGACAAGAAGGAAGGUGCCGGGACAUGUUUCUACAGUCCGUCUGCUUUCUAUGAGGGGCAGUGGAGGGAAGAUCAGAGGAGUGGAUGGGGACGGAUGCAGUAUGAGAACGGGGAGCUGUAUGAGGGAGAGUGGCUGAAGGACAAACAUCACGGACAGGGUUUGCUUCUGCUAGCUAAUGGAAACCGCUUUGUGGGCACCUGGAGUGAUGGACAGAAAAACGGACACGGCAAGUUCUACUACCUGGACAGAGGUCAGCUGUAUGAAGGCUUUUGGGUUGAUGGUGUUGCUAAGUGUGGAACAGUGUUUGAUUUUGGGAGGGAAGCAGCGGUUAGACCAACAGUGUAUCCAAUUCCCAAGGUUUGCCUACAGGAUUCACAGGCUGUGCUGAUGGAGGCACAAGCGUAUUUCACUGAGGACAAGGAGAAAUCAACAGAGACCAUGAUUCCAAGUCACAUAGUUGCUAGGCAAUAUGUACCUUGACAAUAUCCUGAAAUCAAAAAAAGCAGACUAGUGCAGUGAAAUACGUUUUAUCAACCCCGCUCACGCACAAUAAAAAGACUAUCACACAAUACAUAAAAGCUGUUGGUACAUUCUGCAUCUACUAGUAUUGAACAAAAUGGCAAGAUUUUGUUUUGGCAAGAAAUGCAUGUCAUACAUGAUAUAAAAUAACACAAAAAGAUGUCUGGUUGAAGUUGGUCUGAUUAAGACUUUAAUUAAAAUGUAUAAAACUGUGGGGUUUUAAAUUCCAGCACAUGCUGUGCACUAAUAAAAAGAGCUUCUUAAUCAAACUUUACACAAGCUGUUUGCACAAGAUGGAUAUUAUUUCACAUACUUCUGAAAAAAAAAAAAAAAAAAUCAUUGUGUUUCAAUUUGGCAAUACUGAACAUAUUAAUUUAAUGUUGUUUUAAUCAUUUUCGUCAGUGCUACUAAUGUAACUACAUGCUUAAACGGUCCUCUGCUUAAUAAACACUUUAUAAUUUGUUUGCUAGCAUAAUCACACAAUCCUGCCAGUUCUUUAACUGUGACGGCUCUAAUCACUUCCCUCCACCUUCAGAGUGAACAGAGGCCCCUUUAAUGGGAAGCGGUUGCAAAUACUACCAAAAAAGGUCAGAUAAACAUGUUGAUAAAGUGCCUUUGUUUCUACUAAGAUGUGCUCAUUCAGGGGGUUCAUUUAGGAAAACAGUUAAUAUUUGAGUUUGAAUAAGACUAUAAUUUUUUUGGUUUUGAUUCAGCUGUUCAACAGCAAAGCCCUGAAUCAGAAAGCAUCAAAAUUAUUUGGUCAAGUGGACAUUAAAAUGUCCCAUGUACUGUAAUAACUUCAAACACAGCCUCUGAUCAGUAUUUAAAAAAAGUGUUGUUGUAAUAUACACUAAUGUCUGUAAGAAUGUAGCUUGCCUUGUGUGAAAAUAAAAACCUUAUAAGUAACAAAAUUGGCACAGCUGCCAUACUGAAAUUAAGGAUUUUCCCUGUGGUGAAUUAAAGGAAUAGUUUACCCAAAAAUGAAAAUUGGCUCAAAAACUAUUCAACCUCAGGUCACUCAUGUAGAUGAGUUUGGAGCAGUUUUUAGAAAUUUAGACAAGAGAAAUGUAGCAUUACAUCAAAACACGGAUCCUCUGCAGUGAAUGGCUGCCGUCAGAAUGAGAGUGCAAA